AACCUCACAAUAGCACAGCUGGCUGGUUGCUGAGGGCCCCUCCUGGGGCCCCCUGAGGCUCAGGUGUUUCUUCCCUCCCCAGGAGGACCUUGUGGGUAGGCGGAGCCUCAGCCACCUCGACCCCGCCAGUAUGUCAAGCUCUUUUCAGAUCAGACCCGCUGAGUGACCUGGUGCAGCUGCAGAGCUGGAGGAAACAGCCCGUUUGAGCAGAAGAGCUAUUCGAACUAGCAUGGAAACGGACUACCUGAAGAGCUGCUUUGGAAAUGGCCUGACCCAGGCCCUAGCAGAGGUGGCCAAGGUCCGCCCUAGCGACCCGAUAGAGUACCUGGCUCACUGGCUCCUCCAUCACCGGACAGUGGCACCGGCCAGAGAGGAGGGCAGGAAGGAGAAGACGCAGCAGCAGGAGGAAUGGGACAGUAGCCUGUAGGAAGUGAACAUGGCAGGGAUGCUGAAGGGAGAAGAGUGGCAGGUGUAGCAGGUGUGUGGAAAGUGUCACGAGGAAGGGAGGGCAGGCCCAGCCCUGGCAUCGCAUCCUGGAGACGGAUCCUGGGAGCUCCAGUCAGACCACGGCGACUCACGUGGAUUCUCUGGCCAACCUCCUGCCUGUAUUCUUGAAGUUAUGCAUAAACCAGUUCACGAAGUUUAUGUCUGUGACAAAAUUUUGCAGCAGGAUUGGCCGGGCACUGGACAGCCACGUCUUCCAGAUCCGAGUCACUGUUCAGUAGAAGCCGUCAGGGCGCAGAAAGACGCGGCGGAGGCCCAGCAGGAACUGAUUUCUCUAGGUGUUUCCACAAAAAAGGGCCAUCUUCACGCAGGAGGACGUGACACUUGGGAAGGAGACCCUGGGGCAGCAGUCCCUGCCGGGCCCUGGCGGUGCAGCCAGCAGUACUUCAGCAGGGACCCCUCACAGUCGACUGGGUGGGCUGCCCGGACCCUCGCACCCUCUCAAGAAAUAAAUCACCAGGAGACAUUUCAGUAUGAGGCUGCAGGUGAGAUGCCUCCUGGAUGGUCACAGGGCAGGGGUCUGACGGCUCUCCCUCGGAGCUACAAGCCCAGAAACAGCAACUAAAGAGCCUUUACGUCCAUCAGAACCCACAGAUGGGGCUCUGCAGCCCGAGUUCUACCCCGGUGGCCACUGAAUUCCCUAAUCAUGUGAAGAUUUUAGCUACUUGUUGGAAAAAUAAAUUCAGAAUGACGAUUUAAAAUAAGCCAACAGCUGAGACUGUUGUCUCUAGU